GAGCCGGCCGGUGGUGGCCAAUAAUUUGAGGCUCGGCUCCGUGGUGCUUCCAUCAUCGGAUAGCACCCAACCACCGGACCGGUGUCACCUUCCAGAGACCAGAUAAAUCCCAUCCUCGUCAUGUCAUGUGUUGCGACUCUGAUGAUCCUUGUUGUAUAAAUAGAGGGGCCGAGCUAGGCGAAAUGGCAUCCACUACUCACCUCACCUGCGUAGCGUGCGUGCAGCUGGUGCCCUGUCUUCCACUCCUCCGUUCAUCGUCUAGACGGUGUCCACUCCGUGAAGAUGGAAUCCUACGCCAACGGAGCCAAAUUCGAUUGCCUGCUGUUUGACAUGGAUGACACCCUCUACCCACUGAGCUUAGGGAUCAACCUAGCCUGCCGCAAGAACAUCCAAGACUACAUGCUGAACAAGCUUCAGAUCGAGGAGAGCCUGGUCCCCAAGAUGUGCCUGGAUCUGUACAAAGAAUACGGAACCACGAUGGCCGGUCUGAAGCUUAUGGGCUACGAUUUCGACUACGAUGAGUUCCACGCCAGCGUGCACGGUAAACUGCCCUACGAGAAGCUGAAGCCGGACCCCGUCCUGAGGAACCUGCUGCUUUCGAUGCCACAGAGGAAAAUCAUAUUCACCAACUCCGACGAGGCUCACGCGGCGACCGUCCUGGAGAAGAUGGGCCUGGAGGGGUGCUUUGAGGGAAUCAUAUGCUUCGAGACCCUGAACCAGAAGAAUUCAGGUGACAAGAGGGUCCUGUGCAAGCCGUCGCUGGAGUCCAUGGAAGCCGUGGUGGAGAUCGCCAAGCUCGACCCCAAGAAGACAGUGUUCUUCGACGACAGCCCGCGCAACAUCGCCUCAGGAAAGGCGGCAGGCUUCCAUACCGUCAUCGUAGGGAGCUCGGCGCUCGUGCCCGGGGCGGACGUGGCGCUGGAGAGCAUCCACAACAUCAGGGAGGCCCUGCCGGAGCUCUGGGAGGCGGGCGGCGACCACGUCGUCGACAUCCGGUCUGCCGCCGUCGCGGAGACCACGGUGCUCGCGUGAGCCGCCGGCGCUGCCUGCCACAUGAUUGAUAUGCUUCGUCCGCCUUGACUUAUGUAUUAACAGAAAAAUGGCGGAGGCGAACGGCUGAAUCCAGGGAAAACCCGUAUAUGGUAUGGUUUACUCGACCAUAAUCCAUGGUGAUCAGUGAUCACUGAUGAAUGCGUAGGUAUUGAAUGUACAGGUGUACUACUUGUGUAGAGAUGUGAUCGAAACACAUUAAUAAUAAGCACCGUAAAUUCGUAA